AUGAUCGUUAGCCGCAUUAUAUUAUCGAUUUUGUUAGCAUCAUGCGACGGUCAGUUGACCGCAUUCACCUCGCUGUUCAUAGACGCGUGGAAGAACCAACCCAUAGUUCAGUUCACAGCUCGGGCAACGGGUGAAGUCAUAACUAACACUGUUGAUACUAUCACGAAGUUUCCAAUCGCCAUCGCCAGUAUAUUACGCCAUGGGUACAAGUUUCCCACUCUCAUAAGUCAAACUAAUGUCAUAGAUAUAACAGACAAUUUCAUCGCUGAAUUCAAUUCUGAAUUAAACAAUGAAGACGCUAACCUGAAUAUUGAAGAUCUCAUAGCUAAGUAUGGAUAUCCUGUGGAGGAGCAUACGGUUCGAACAGAGGAUGGCUACAUUCUCAAUAUGUAUAGAAUACCAAACAACGGUUCCGUAGUGUUUUUGAUGCAUGGUUUAUUAGGCAGUGCUGACGAUUACGUGAUCGCAGGCCCCGAGAGCGGACUUGCUUAUUUAUUAUCAAGGGAAGGUUACGAUGUUUGGAUGGGUAAUGCCCGCGGGAACAAGCAUUCGAGACGUCAUGUCGACUAUCACGCAUCCGAAUCUGUUUUCUGGGAUUUCACUUGGCACGAAAUAGGCUAUUACGACCUGCCUGCAAUGAUAGACUACGCUCUUGAGGUUAGUAAUUCGGAAACCCUGAAAUUUAUCGGUCAUUCUCAAGGAACGACGGCCUUUUUUGUGAUGGCUUCAGAGAAAACACACUAUAACAGCAAAAUCAGUUUAAUGAUUGCUUUGUCACCGGUUGCAUUUAUGGGAAACGCUAAAUCUCCUAUAGUCAGGCUUUUAGCACCAGGAGGCCCUCUUAUACAUAGUUUCACUAAAGCUUUAGGUAUCUACGAAUUACUACCAGAUAAUACAAUGAUGAGGAUUUUAAAACGUUUAAUGUGCGGUAAGGGAGCGGUGGCAGAAAUUUUGUGUAACAAUAUUAUAUUUUUAAUCGCUGGUUUCGAUUUGGGGCAACUCAAUGUAACGAAUCUACCGGUUAUGUUCGGGCACUCGCCUUCCGGUGCGUCGGUUAAGCAAAUAGCCCAUUAUGGACAGAGCGUAAUUUCGAAUGAUUUCAAGAAAUUCGAUUACGGUUCAUUGGAAAAUAUGCGACGUUAUGGUAAUUCAGAGCCUUCGAGUUACCGGCUUGACCUGAUAAGCGCUCCAGUAUCGUUGUUCUACAGUGAAGCGGAUUGGCUGGCUCAUCCCGAUGACGUCAGUAAGUUGUACGACAAGUUAGGCAACGCUGUUGACGUCCAUAAGAUACCCUACGAACAAUUUAAUCAUUUAGACUUCUUGUUCGCGAAAGAUUUUAAAAAGUUAAUUUAUAAGAGAUUACGAAAAUUACUGUCAUUAUUUUAAAUAUUGUCAGAUUUGUUAUUAUCAUAAAUUUUUAAUGUGUAAUAAAAAGAAAAUCUUA